UGACUUGACUGAAGAAGACCACGAAAUAGACGUGGAAGAAGGUACUUACUUUCAUUUGGAUAUUAUUCGUUCACGGUUUCAGAGGCUACAACCCGUGGAAGAUAAUAUUAGGUUUUGUAAUACCCUAGAUUAGUCCUCUCUCUCUCUCUAGAUUAAUUGUAUUAUAGAAGAAUCCUCUCUCUCUCUCUCCUCUCUCACAUGUUUCCGUUUCAAUCUCAAGAUUUGAAAGAGUAAUCAUUCAUUCCCCGUUAAGCUUCAGCGUUAGCAUUCUGGCAUCAUCUCUCUUUCCAUAAUCAAAAUCCAUUUAUAACAAUCCGAAAAGCUUCAUAAUCAAUAUCGAGUGAUCGAGUAACCACCUAACGAACGCACGAACGAACCAACCAACCUUUUUUUUCUAAUAAUUUAUAGGUAAUUACAGAAGGAAUCAAGCAACCAAGCGAAGCUCCGAGGGAGGGAGGGAGAGGGUCUCUGUUCGUCUGGUGAGUUCAUUUAAUUUCCUCUUGCUUUUGGGUCCGUGAAGCAGAAUCAGAAUCAGAGAAGUCUGGUUGGUUGGCACAUUCACCAACGCACUUCCAUCAUUUCUAGGGGUUUUUUUUUUUUUUUUUUUUUUUCUCUCGAUUAUUACACCGUCGGCCUUGGGAUUGGAGAACACAUGAACUUGGGUUGUUGAAUGUGUGCACAUUGAUGAACUUCGUCGGUAGAUAUAUGCUUUUGCUUUUGCGGAGAUCAUUUCGUUAUGUUUGGUUUGGAUCGGAUCAGUGGAAUCGGUGUUCCCAUUGAUGAGGGGAAUGGUCGGAUGAAGCGGCUGUGUGGGUUGUGCAAGAAAUAUGGAUGCUAGAUCGGAGGGUCUACCAUUGAGGUGCGAUAAGCUUCCAGCCCCAGUGCUUCCCAGGACCCGUCUCCAAGUCUGGUUCAUUCGCAUCUGUUCCAGCAUUUUGCUAUGGACCUGCCUUGUUCAGUUGGUUGCCGUCGGGGAACUCUGGCAUCCACAGUUGUUGAAUGGCUUGUCCAACCAGCUAUCCAGGUUCACAAACUCACAAAGUAAAGAAGUACCUCCUCCAAUUUCCGCUCCAAUAAUGUCCCGGCAACUUCAGCCUCCAAAUGAAACCGCUUCGAUUCCCCGACGGCUUCAUGCUCCCACUGAGUCCGCCACAUUGCGCCGGCAUCUUCCACCUCCAAGAAUCUAUAGAAGCAAUGGUUAUCUUAAGGUGUCUUGCAACGGGGGUCUGAAUCAAAUGCGUGCUGCGAUCUGUGACAUGGUGACAGUUGCAAGGCUUUUGAACCUCACGUUGGUUGUUCCAGAGCUUGACAAGACUUCUUUUUGGGCAGACCCCAGCAAUUUUAAUGACAUAUUUAGCGUGGCACACUUCAUUAGUUCCUUGAGAGAUGAAGUCAGAAUCAUCAAGAGGCUGCCAAAGAGGCUCAGUAGGAUUGCUGCAUAUAAACCUUUAGUGAUGCCACCAGUGAGCUGGUCAAGUGAAAAAUAUUACUUGGAGCAGAUCCUGCCACUAUUCAGCAAGUAUAAAGUGAUUCACUUUAAUAAAACAGAUACACGUUUGGCAAACAAUGGACUCCCUGUCAACCUUCAGAAGAUUAGGUGCCGUGUCAAUUUUCAAGCAUUGAAAUUCACUCCUCAGAUCGAGGCGUUGGGGCACAAGUUGAUUCAAAUUAUUCAAGAGAGGGGAACUUUUGUGGCUUUGCAUCUGAGAUAUGAGAUGGACAUGUUGGCAUUCUCAGGUUGUACUCAAGGCUGCACUGACGAAGAAGCAGAGGAGCUGAAGAGGAUGAGAUAUGCAUACCCUUGGUGGAGAGAGAAAGAGAUAGUAUCUUCAGAGAGGAGAUCCCAAGGUUUGUGCCCUCUUACACCAGAGGAGGCGGCUUUAGUUUUGCAGGCAUUAGGCAUCCCGAAGGAGACACAGAUUUAUAUCGCUUCUGGUGAGAUAUAUGGCAGCAGACGGAGGCUUGCUGCACUUAGAGCUGUUUUUCCACGGAUUGUGAAAAAGGAGAUGCUGCUUGAUCCAAAGGAUCUGCAACAAUUCCAAAACCACUCAUCUCAAAUGGCAGCCCUGGAUUUUAUGGUUUCAGUUGCCAGCGACUUAUUCAUCCCUACUUAUGAUGGAAACAUGGCGAAACUUGUUGAAGGUCACCGCAGGUAUCUUGGGUUUAAGAAGAGUAUCCUGCUGGAUCGAAAAAAGCUUGUUGAGCUGGUUGAUUUGCACCAGAAUGGGACAGUUUCAUGGGAUGAGUUUGCAAUUUCUGUUCAGUUGGCACAUGAGAAAAGGAUGGGACAGCCUGCUCAUCGGCGAGUUAUUUUGGACAAGCCCAAGGAGGAAGAUUAUUUCUAUGCUAAUCCACAAGAGUGUCUUUGCGACGGUACAGAUUGUUUUGGCUUGCUAAUUCCUGGUAACUCGAGUGUUAUCCAAUGAAGAUGCAAGUAAAUCUGAGGCCCGGUGCGUUCGGAGGUUGUAAAUUCUAUGAUUUCUAUCCAGCGAAGUGCAAGAUGGGAGCCAGGAAAUCCUGUUUAUGACUUGCCCAACCAUGUAAGUAUGCGAGGAAAAGAAAGCUAAUGUUUCUUUGAUUCCACAAGUCUUGGUCUCUUAAUUCUUUUGUUAAUACGCCGAUUGUUACUUUUCUCGUUUAUUUACACUGUUCAAUGUAUUAGUUUUGAUAUAAUUAAUUCCACAAGUCUUGGUCUCUUAA